AUGGUUGACUAUUACAUGCCCACGGCGGCAUCCGCGUCGGUAUGGUUGUCCGCCUACGCCUCUUUUGCUGGGUUCAUGAUGCUAGUCCGCUCCAUGGCCACCGAACUCAUGCCCCAACCACUCCGCUCAUACAUGUACUCAGUCUUCAAUCACCUUUUUGCCCCUUUCUUCUCCCGCGAGGUCACCCUCCUGUUCGACGAGCACUACGGCAUGACCUAUAACGAACUCUACGAGGCCAUAGAGGUCUACCUGCGAAUGAAAAUUGGCCCCUCCGUGAGGUGCCUCCGCGUCAGCAAAUUGCCCCGUAUCAAGGCGAUCAACGUGUCGAUCGACAGGGACGAGGAACUCGAUGACACCUUUGACGGCGUUAAGAUGAAGUGGUGUUACGUGGUGACCCUCGAGAAGCCCCGCAACGGCAGUAAGGAUGAAAAGGAAAAGGAAAAGCACCGGUUCGAGCUGACUUUCCACAAGAAGCACAAGGACAAAGUGAUCGACUACUACUUGCCCUACGUGCUGGCUCGGGCCAAAACCCUAAAAGAAGAGCAGAAAACGCUCAAGCUUUACACUAACCUAGAUUAUUGGUGCGGCGACGACGACGAGGACAAUGAAAACUGGGGCUCCAUAAAUCUGGAUCACCCGUGCACGUUUGACAAGUUGGCCAUGGAUCCGGAGCUCAAGAGAAUGAUCAUAGAGGAUUUGGAGAGGUUUGUGGCGAGGAGGGAGUUUUAUAGCAAGGUGGGGAAGGCUUGGAAGAGAGGCUACUUGUUGUAUGGCCCACCUGGCACUGGCAAGUCCAGCUUGGUUGCGGCCAUGGCUAAUUAUCUCAAGUUUAACGUCUAUGAUUUGGACCUUGCAGCUAUUGAAGACAACUCUGAAUUGAAGAGGGUCAUGAUGUCCACUACAAAUCGUUCUAUUUUGGUCAUUGAAGAUAUUGAUUGCAGCAUUAACUUGCAAAACCGGGAUGAUGAUCAGGACAAGUCUAGUAAAGAAACGUAUUCUUAUAAAAAGCCAUUGACACUCUCGGGCCUAUUGAACUGCAUAGAUGGUUUGCGGUCAAGCUGCGGUGACGAAAGAAUCAUAAUCUUCACCACAAACCGCAGGGAAAUGCUUGACCCUGCCUUACUGCGUCCUGGUCGAAUGGACGUCCACAUCCACAUGUCCUAUUGCACUCCAAGCGGGUUCAGGGUCCUGGCCUCUAACUACCUUGGUAUUCGCGACGGUGAAGAUCACCGCCUGUUUGGAGAAAUCGAACGGUUGAUAGAGAGCACAGAGGUCACUCCUGCACAGGUUGCUGAGGAGCUCAUGAAGAGUGACGACGCUGAAGUGUCGCUUGGAGGGCUUGUCAAUUUCCUCAAACAUAACCAGGCCGAGAGGGAGAGAAAAAAGGAGGAAGAAGAGGCUAAGGAAAAGAAGCAGAAAAAAUCUUCUAGGUUUUCUCUUUUGAAGAAACGUUUGAAAAUAUUUUCAACGAACUCCUGA